UCACUGACCAUAUCGGGGUUGUGUGAAAAAACAGUAGAGCUAUCUUCCUCCUCUGGUGCUGGUUCCAGGGUCAGUAUGAUCUCCUCUUCUUGCUGGAGGUCAUCUGCUGUUAGGUUUCCACUUGUGACUCGCUCUUUGAGAUGCGGCUCCAGGAAGAACGUGAUCUGAUAAUACUUCCAAGUCUUCUGCCCGCCAGCAGCUGAACCACUCUUUUUCUUUUGGAGAUUUGCGGACUCGCAUGUAUGUGUCUCUUAGAUUUUUCCACCACUUUUUGGCCUCCUCACCUGCAAAACUAGAAUAAAAAUGCAUAAUCUUAUCAAUAUUUUACUUUAAAAUAGAAGUUGGGUUAGGGUUAGGGUUUCUCAACAGUUGGAGAAAUAGUGGGUGAUGUCUCACAGGCCAUUUGGGGUGUGCUGCAGCCUGAAUACAUGCCAGAGCCAACAAUGGAAGAUUGGAACGCCACUGAAGAGGGUUUCAGCGAAAGAUGGAACUUUCCAAACUUUAUAGGUGCUCUUGAUGGAAAGCGUGUUGAGUUGCAAGCGCCUCCAUCUUCUGGCUCUAAACAUUACAACUACAAAGGCAGCCACUCUAUUGUCCUUCUAGCUGUGGUAGAUGCUCAUUAUAUGUUUAGAGUUAUUGAUGUGGCUGGUUAUGGGAGAAACAGUGAUGGGGGCAUACUGUCAGAGUCUCCCCUGGGGAAACACUUAAAGGCCGGGACACUGAGCAUACCUGUAGACACCACACUACAAGACUCAGAGCACCUGGGUCCAAUGCCACACGCACUGGUGGCAGAUGAAGCAUUCCCCCUUCAACGCCACAUUAUGAGACCAUAUCCAGGUAAAAAUCUAGAGAGAAACAAGAGAUGCUACAACUACUGCCUGUCUCGUGCCAGAAGAAUAGUAGAAAAUGCAUUUGCCAUCCUUUCUACGCGGUGGCGUGUGUAUCGACGUGUUCUGUUAGUUGGGUGGGCGAGCCUGCUCAUCAGCACCCCAGCAGAAAUGGUUUAA